UCAAGGAGGUAAUGUGCAGGAGCGGCGGAGCACAGCGAGAGGGUAAACUGUUAAACGGAGCCAAUUACAAGCAAGGGACAGACCACGUAACCCGUUAUAUUCACCUGGCUUUUCCACAGUUUGAGCCUGUUUUCACUCAGGAAUAAUGUCAAUGAAACAUGCCCAGCCCAACUUCAGCCAGCCUCAGGUGAUUGAGAUGGUGAAAAGACUCUUCAAUCUGACGGCAUCAGAAAUCCGCUCUCUGCCGAGCUACGAUGACCAGAACUUCUAUGUGGCGCCCAUCGAGGGCGGCGAGUACGUCCUAAAGAUAAUGAACUCGGAAGACAGUGAGAACGUCGCCCUGAUUGAGAUGCAGACGUAUGCUAUGUCCGUCCUCCAUGAAAAUGGACUUCCUGCCCAAACAGCCCUGCCCACCACCUCAGGACAGCUCAUGAGCCUGGAAGAAAUAGAUUGUGGCUAUGGCUGUCAGAAGUACCUGGUGCGGCUGUUGACUUAUUUACCUGGAACCACCAUUUCCAAGGUCCCUUUAACACCUCAGUUACUGUUUGAAAUUGGCAAGACAGCAGCCAGAAUGGAUAAAGUCCUGCAUCAGUGGGAGCAUCCUCAUCUUGGUGUGCUGCAGAGAGAGAAUUUCAGAUGGAGCCUGUCAAGUAUUCCCCACCUGGAUGCAUACAUUCAUUUAUUUGAUGGAGAUCCUCUUCAGGAGGUUGUGAAGUCUGUCAUUCAUCAGUAUAAGACCUCUGUGGUCCCUAAAUGCUCCAGUUUCCGCGAGUGCAUUAACCAUGGUGACUUCAAUGACCUCAAUGUGCUUGUGCAGCCUGAGGGUGACGGCCACAAGAUUUCUGGCAUCCUUGACUUUGGGGACAUGAACAGUGGCUACUACAUCUAUGAGCUAGCCAUCACUAUCAUGUACAUGAUGAUAGAGCACCCCAAACCGAUUGAGGUGGGUGGACCUGUCCUCGCAGGCUGGGAAAGUGUCCUUCCCCUCAACAAGGCAGAGAAAGAUUGUCUCUAUGUCCUGGUGCUGUCCCGCUUCUGCCAGUCGUUGGUUUUAGCUCGUCACUCUGUGACCUUGCAUCCAGAAAAUGAAGAGUAUCUGAUGACUACAUCCAGGAAGGGCGUCCAUAUUCUCCAGCAAAUCUGGGAGCUCGGACAGGAGCAGGUGGAGAAGGUGUGGUUUCAGAGUGCCGCUAAAUUUGGUGACAAGAAGUGAGAAAUACAUAGCCCUACACACCUUCAGUGCACAAUAGGAUGAUUCCACUGAGCUAUUUGUCUCAAUCAUGUGCAAUUUUAAGCUCACCAGUUAAAAGCAAUAGAUUUUUUUUUUUGUAGCGUAAGUAUCACAUUUACUCUUGUGAUUCAGACAUAUUGUUGUGGAAAUAAAACAGUGUGUCUGGAUCAGAGAUGGGUAAGGUAGCAAAUGUAAAAGGAGCAAUACUAACAAUAGAUCAUGUACUUUAAAGCAAAAUGUCUAGGAGAAAAAAUGCAUUUAGAAAGCAUUAAGGGGACAUGUUUAAUAAGUGCCUAAAGUCAUGAGGGUUUACACACUCCAGAGGAUGUGUACCUUGAUGUUCCUCUGUGUCAUAACGGGCCACUUGGUUGGACAUUGGAUUCAUUUUCUAACAUGUUUGACAAAUACAUUUAGUAAACUUUCUUUAGUAAAGAAAGUUUACUAAAAGCACAUCAACCUAAUUGUCUUAAGCCAUGCAUAACACUUACAAAAACACAUUUUGGUGCUGACGAUUUACUGUAGAGUUGACUGUAUUUACUAUGUUUAUUGUCAGAUGUUUUGUAUGAGUUUCUGAAUUCUCUAUAACGUAUUGUGUGCUCAAAAGUCCUCAAAAAAUAGGUUCCAUGGCAGUCACAUUAACAUUUCCUUCUUUUCACAAUAUGGCAUCAUAUUACAGUGGGGAAUCUACAUCAACUUUCAGAAUGUGUUUUAUACUUUAACUGGGUCCAAAUGUUAACAGUUAGAUACUUUUAUACUGCUCCAAUGAUUUCAAUAAAUAAAAGAACAACUCCUCAAGGAGUCCUUUAUAUUUUUCACAUGUACAUAUAUAGAUAUAGAUAUGGAUAUACUUAGUUUGUCUUAAAAUGUGUAUGAGUAGGGUGGUGAGAAUCAUUUGUAGUACAACUGCAUUUAUAGUGUUUUUUUUUUUUUAACUCAAAGGCGUGUCUUACAAAUAGAAAAGGGAUUAAACAAUAGAAGUAGAGCGACAGUACACACUAAAAAUACAUAAGAGGUAGAAGGUCAAUUAAAAGGAUAACUGUCAUAUAUUGGCAUAUUUUUGACAAGGUUUUCAACUUAUAUCCAUGAGAGUCAUAGCUCAUCUAAUCCCUGCCAAGAAAAUAGAACAUACGGUAUUAAAGUAAUGCAAUAUCUAAAACUGUAGGUAUUAGUCACCCACAGUCAUGACUACUUGCAGGAAAUUUUUCAGUACACUGAUGUGUUGUAUGUUAAUAUCGUAGGCCAAUGUCAAAACAUGAGGCACCAUUUGUUGUCGGUAACAUAUUGAUAACUGCUGCAUAUCACUGCUGUCUUACUAUUCUUAAAUUUACUGUUCUGUAAGUGUAAUGCAUGUAUAACUCUUCUCUUACUUACUGUCACAUUUUCACCUUUAUCUCUUCUUCACCUGACCGAUGGACACCUCAGCAGUUAUCCAAUAGAUA